CUCUCCACGAGACCAAUGCAUCACUGUCUCAUAAAAACCGAAAAGCAUUAAAAAGCCACAAACUUUACGCCAUUGGAAUCUUUGGAUCAUCAAACAAAUCCAUUUCCCCUUUUUUUUUUUUUUUUUUUUUUUUUUUGUUCUCGUCUGUCACUAAUGUCCCUCGUCAAGCUCUAUUAUUUUAUUCUCCUAGUCACUCUCGGACUUAUUCCCCUCUUUACCCUCUAAACCCCGUAACCAAAAAAAAAAACCCUCUUCGAAGCUCAUGGGUUCUCCCAUGGCGGCUCACCACCACCACCACCACCACCUUCCUCCUACCUGUUGCACCUCCUGCUCUUUCAGCGAUGGCUGUUCCUGCUCUAACUGCACCCGCAACCAAACCCACCAUUGUUGCUCUCCACCAUUAUCUUCACCCCGCACAGAUCCACUUCUCCAAGCCAUCGCUUCCCAACUCCUCCAAUCCACCUUCUCACCCAAGUUUCAACGCCCGAAGCCCCGAUUCUGCCAUCAAAAGGAAUCGCCACAUCAAGAAAACACCCAUAACGUGAUAUCUUCUCUCGUUUCCCGCAUCGAAGCCCUCGAAGCCUCUCUCAAUCAUUUCCCUCCGAAUCGUUAUCGCGGCGAUUUUCCUCACUGUUCUCUUCGCGACGUGGCGGCUCGGGUUAUCCAAACCCAUUUCCGAGCUUUUCUCGUUCGCAGAUCACGAACCCUUAGAGGGCUCAAGGAUCUUGCUCUCCUCAAGUCCGCUUUCAAUUUUCUCAAGUCUUCAGUUUCGAGCGAAACCCAUUUUGAUUUUGGUGUCGUUUCUCGGAAAGCCAUGGAUUUGCUUGUCAAGCUUGACUCUAUUCAGGUCGAUGAUCCGAUGGUGAGAGAUGGGAAGAGGUCGAUAAGCAGGGAUUUGGUUCGGUUUUUGGAUUUCAUAGAAGGGGUUGCUGUGAAAAGGCACGAGCUUUCGUUGAAAGCCAGGAAGAACGUGAAGUUUGUUCCGAAUGGUGAAAAAUCUAGGGUUGUUUUGAGCAAAAAGAAUAGGCAUUUGGAUGGGGGUCAAAAAGAAAGUUUGGGAAAGUUGAGGAAAAGAGUUGAAAAGAUUCGUGCCUAUACGAGGGUUUCUGAGAAUGAUGAUGAAGAUGUUGAACUUGAAGGAUUUCAACAUGUUAGUGAUAAUGAUGAGGAAGAAGAAAAUCCCAUAAUUGUAGUUAGAGAAAAGAAUGGUCAAAUUAGAAAUGGGGUUUUGGUGAGGAGGUUGGUGGAUCAACCUAAGGUGAAGAAAAGUGUGAGCUUUGCAGAGAAUAAGAAUGUUUUGAAGAUCUUUAGCAACUCCAAUGAGCAAGUUCCGAAUGAGGACGGUUCUAGCUCUAGUACUACUUCAAGUGAUGAUCAGGGAGAGAUUACAGAGAAUACUGGUGAUGAAGUUGAGGAGAUUAAGACGUUUUCCCUUGGAGCUGAGGAUGAUGAUGAGGAAGCUCGUGUUGUGAAUAAAGCAACUUCUCAGAGAAUUGGAAGUAUUCCGAGGAGAGACGGUAGCUAUGAAAUCAUCGACCGUGACGGGGAGUUUGUAUUUUCCGCUCCUCUGCCUGUUCAAAUGGAGGACAAAGCGGAUUUGAUUAAGAGGAGAAAUGAGUUGAAGAUUUUGAGAUGAGGAGACGUAAAUCUGAAAGUCUGGUUUUGUCAGCUCUUGCUUGCUAAUCUGUUGUGGCUAAGCGGAUAGGACUUAGUUCUGUGAUUGUUGUAUGAAUUCUUCCACUAGUUCAUUCUAAUUCAUUUCGAUAGCUUUAUCAAUUUUGUGGUGUCUCUCGAGUCUUUUGACUGGAAAAUGUAACUUGGUCCCUGGGAUUUAAAUUUUAAUGUUUCCAUGGAAUGUGCGAUUUAGCAAA